UAGGUGAACAAUCAGAAUAAUGUUCAACAUAAACCUGUUGGAGAACCUGAAGGUUUACAUCAGCAGUCGACCUCCGCUUGUGGUCUUUAUGAUCAGUGUAAGUGCUAUGGCAAUAGCUUUUCUGACACUGGGUUAUUUCUUCAAAAUCAAGGAGAUCAAAUCACCAGAAAUGACAGAGGACUGGAAUACCUUUCUCCUGAGGUUUAAUGAUUUGGACUUCUGUAUAUCUGAGAAUGAAACCUUAAAGCAUCUCAUCAAUGAUACCACAACUCCAGAAAGUACUGUGACCAGCGGACAGGCGAGAUCUUCGACUCAGUCUCCACAAGCUCUCGAGGACUCUGGUCCAAUAAAUAUCUCUGUAACAAUCACGUUGACGCUGGACCCACUCCGACCAUUUGGUGGAUAUUCUCGCAAUGUCACACAUCUAAGUUCCACAAUUUUUGGACAUCAAAUUGGACUCUCAGGCAGAGAAUCCCAUGAGGAGAUAAAUAUUACAUUCACCCUGCCGGCUGCCUGGAAUUCAGAUGACUGCGUUCUUCAUGGCCACUGUGAGCAGGUUGUGUUCACAACCUGCAUGACUGUGACGGCGGCCAGCAACGUGUUUCCUGUCACAGUUCAGCCACCACAUUGUGUUCCGGAAACAUACAGCAAUGCUACACUUUGGUACAAGAUCUUCACCACAGCAAGGGACUCUAAUACAAAAUAUGCACAAGAUUAUAACCCUUUCUGGUGUUACAAAGGAGCAAUCGGAAAAGUGUAUCAUGCUUUAAAUCCCAAACUAACUGUUAUAGUUCCAGAUGAUGAUCGCUCUCUAAUAAACCUGCACCUCAUGCAUACCAGUUACUUUCUUUUUGUGAUGGUGAUUACCAUGUUCUGCUAUGCAGUUAUUAAAGGCAGACCAAGCAAACUGAGGCAAAGCAAUACAGAAUUCUGCUCUGAAAAGGUUGCUUUGUCAGAAGCGUAAUCCAUCCUCUCCUUUUACUGAGAAUGACUGAGAACCGUGAUCAUUGCCUUCUGAACCCAGAAUGGGUCUUAACACUCUGUGAAUCCAUUAUCUUGCAAUGUUGGUUUAUUCCAACCAAAGACAUUUCAAGUGCCUGUAAUUGAUUUGUACAUAUUUAUAAAAGUAUAUUCAGAAUAGGUCAGACGAUGCACUUGUUCCGCAUUGUAGUGCGGCCGGAAACUUUCAGUCUUUACCUGUGGACAUAGCCGAAUGUUUGUGUAGAUAUGUUUAGUGAUAUGGCUACAUAUAGUCAGAGCAAGAUAUUUUUGUCUAGCUGCAUCUGGGCAGGUUAAGAUGCCUUUGCAAGUGUCUCAAACAAACCAACAGAUCUUUGUUAUUGCCCAAUGAUAUGUACAGUGUGUUUGAAACAGUAUGCACCUUUGAUAUAAUACUGCAUUUCCAAAGCCACCAAUCUACUACAUGAAUUAAAUGUGUAUUUGUGUGGCCUAAUACUUUCUUCCAUUUGCUCCUUGCUUGCAAGAAAAGAUAUCAACAUUUUAGAUUUUUUUUGAAGAAAAGAAAUACAUAUUCACAUUUUUAAUAGUGCUGUAUUUAGGACA